AUGCGCAUCCACGAAGUCCUCGACGCGUGCAUCGAGUAUGUCGCGUAUGAAGGUGUCUUGGGGUCGGAUGUGUUGAGGCUGCAGGAGCACCUGGCGAAGCGGGAUUCAUAUCUCGACGCGACAUCGUUUGCGUAUAUCUAUACGUUGCUAUGUCAGCACCCGUCCAUCCGGAUUGCCAUCAGCACGUACCCGCUCGGAGCGGCGGCCCAAGGAGAGGAUGCGAAAGGCAAAGGCAAGGGGGGGCAGAAAGGUCUGGACCAGAUCAAGGGGGAAGACGGAACGGUUUUGUUCACAUUUCUGGACGAAGAUGAUGCCGAGCUGGGAGGAGACCCGGUCGACAAGACGGAUUUGGCGGGACUGGCGGCAAAGUGGGGUAGCAGAUUGCGGAUCAGGUGUACGGACGACGAGGUGUACUUUCGAUUGACCGGGUCCCAUCAAAAGAUCCCAAAACUCACCCUGCCUGUGCUACACAUGCUCCAGCUCGCGGCUCGGUCCCGCGAGAAGGGCAUCACCGCUAUCGAGCUGGGUCCGAUGGUCGGCGCGAGUCAGGGCUCCACGUUCUACUAUAUGAAGGUGUUGACUGAUGCUGGGUUAUGUGCCAAAGUACCCGCUGUACUCCACGGCUCCAUUACCAACCUCCUCGUCUUCCACCCCUUCCUGGAGUUGAACGAAAACUAUCGCGCCAUCAAGAAGCUCGGCCCCCUUCCGGGAUCUGCGCCAGCGCCGGCUCCAACAUCCGAUCCCGCUCCCGCCGAGGACGAGGACGAUCCAGCCAUCGACGACAAUGGCGGAACAGGCUUGACCGGCUUUGACUUUCGCCCCAUUACGGAGCCGGAACUGAUGAACGGUCAUAUCGUCAAGGAGCGCCUGCUUCAGCUUUUGGAUCAUCCCGCCCUGCAGAACCAUCUUCUAAAAGCUAGGAAUCUGCUCGCUAUGAUUGGCUGGAAUCAUCAGACCUUGCUCCGCCACCGCCGAGCAAUGACGCGAGUCCUCGCAUCGCUAGUCAUGAACGGUGUAGUCGAGCGCCUGGCGGUCGGCCCGAAACGCGUUGACUGCCUGCGGUUGACCAAGUUCAAUCCCGACUACAAGGGUCCGCCCAAGCCGUCCGCCACAGUGCAG